AUGCAAACAUCAAGUGCACAUUUCCCCUUUGCCGCCGCCGCCACAGCGGCAGCCGCGACCCGAACGACUGCCACGCUGUCGGAGCAUUCUCGUCAAACCAGCAGUAGAAGCAGAAGCACGAAUACUGCCGUGCAUCUGUCGCCGUCGAUCGUGAACUCGUGGAUCGUGGAAUUGGACAGGUGGACGACCAACCUCAUGCUGGAUCAGGUGCUGACGGGGUCGCUGUGCUUUCUCGCACUGGCCAUUUACAUGUACAUCAAGUUCAUCAGACGGGAUCGAUCGAUUGCGUUCGAGCAAGUCCGGCCCCAUGCGAAGGAGGCGCAGAGUCCGCCGUCACAAGAGUCUGGGACGUCGCCGUCGGACCCAUUCGUCGUCCUGCAUCCACACAACAACAGUCCACCACCUCGGAAAAAGCCGACCAAAGGCCAUGUAUAUCAGCAUCCCAUGCGAAGGCGAACCCACAGUUCCAUGACGAACGUCGAUGUGACAGGCGGGGGGGGUGCACCACCAUUGCACUCCCCCACCGAGUUGGUGUCCAUGCUCACCGUGGAGCCACCCGGUCCGAUUCCUGAAGAUACCGAGUUCUUUGGUAGGUCGCCGACUAUUCUGCGCAAGACCAUCUCCAUCGAUGUCGACACGUCAGGGAGUUCCCAGAAGAAACGUCCACAAGCGUCCCAUCUGUCGUCGCCAGACAUCAACCUGUUUGCCGAGGUUCCGUCGGACAAGGAUACAUGGCGCCAUCUUGAAAGCCAACACCUUCCCGACGACCGUUCAUUUGACGUUGUCUUGAACAUGCCGUCUACUUCUUCACGCACCUCGACGCAUGAUCAUGUGGCGACCGACCACCAUCUUCUCGCCAUGCCGCCGCCGCCGCCGCUCCCGCCCAUCAUCCCGGCUCCACCUCGCGCCAAGUUGUUGCUCGACAAUCGACAACAACCGGCCCAAAUGCAAUUGGAAGUCGCUCGGAAGGCGCAUAUCCCGCUGUUUCUGCAUUUGCCGCUGCAUCCACGCAAAGACGACGCGUCGGCCAUGCCUAUUCCCGCGCUGCUGCCGCCACGUCAUGACGUUGAAGGCGCCCCCGCUGUCAUCAUGGCUCCUGGCGUGUCCCAUGCCAUCAAACGACCCAGCCGAUCUAACUCGUUCAACUUUCGCAUCGAUUUUCAUGAGCUUGCGAUGGGCGAGUUGAUUGGCCAAGGAGCGUUUGGUACGGUGCACAAGGCCAUAUGGCGGGGUACGCUGGUCGCGGUCAAGAUUUUGCAGGUGCAGCAUCUGUCGGCGGAAGUGCUCGACGAGUUUGAGACUGAAGUGCACAUUAUGAGUGUGUUGAGACAUCCCAACAUUUGCUUGUUGAUGGGGGCGUGCUUGGAUCCGCCCACGCGGUGUUUGGUGAUCGAGUACUUGCCAAAGGGGUCGCUUUGGUGUGUCUUGAGACAGCCAUCCGCCGUCCACAUCGACCUCAAUAAGCAAUUAAGCUUUGCACUCGACACGGCGCUGGGCAUGCAUUAUCUCCAUACAUUUGACCCGCCAAUCUUACACCGCGAUUUGAAAAGCCCGAAUUUACUUGUGGACGGCAGCUACCGCCUCAAAAUCUCCGACUUUGGCCUUGCUCGGGUCAAGGCGCAUCACCAAACUAUGACGGGCAACUGCGGAACCACGCAAUGGAUGGCCCCCGAGGUGUUGGCAGCGGAAAAGUACACGGAGAAGGCGGAUGUGUUUUCGUUUGGCGUGGUGUGCUGGGAGACGGUGACCCGCGCGUGUCCGUACGACGGCCUGAGUCAGAUCCAGGCGGCGCUCGGCGUGCUCAACCACCACCUCCGCCCCACGAUUCCGGCGGCGUGCCCGCCCUUCCUCAAGAAACUCAUGACCGUGUGUUGGGGCCCCGCGCCCGAAAAGCGGCCGACGUUUGCGCAGAUCAUUGACAUGUUGAAUGCGCAUAGUAGUACUAGUAGUAAUAGUCCCAUCCAGAUGGGGUAGUAGCAGUAGUAGUUACUAGGCAUAACAUAAAUAGACCCCCAACACAUAUCCAAAAACGAAACGUUUGUCCAAUAUGAAGGAAAAGUAAUUAACAAAAAUAAUAUCAUGAUGAUGGCGGCGUAAACUGG